CCUUUACAGCUGUGUAAGUUAGAAGAACUAACUUGGAAUUCUCAGCAAAGUGAGGACACACUGGCAUCUGCAUCCUAGACUAGAAAUGACUGAAGGUUGCUCAGCUACACUGAUUGGUGGGUCACAGAACGAUGACAAAAGGCAAUUCCUGUUGGAGCGCUUGCUGGAUGCAGUAAAGCAGUGCCAGAUCCGCUUUGGAGGGAGAAAGGAGAUCGCUUCAGACUCUGACAGCAGGGUGACCUGUCUGUGUGCCCAGUUUGAAGCUGUUCUUCAGCAUGGCAUGAAGAGGAGCCGAGGAUUAGCGCUCACGGCAGCAGCCAUCAAGCAGGCAGCAGGCUUUGCCAGCAAAACUGAGACAGAGCCCGUGUUCUGGUUCUACGUGAAGGAGGUCCUCAACAAGCACGAGCUGCAACGCUUCUACUCCCUGCAUCACAUCACUGCAGAUGUGGGCCGAGGUCGGGCCUGGCUGCGCUGCGCUCUCAACGAGCACUCCCUGGAGCGCUACCUGCACAUGCUCCUGGCUGACCGUGCCAGGCUCAGCACAUUCUAUGAAGACUGGUCUUUUGUAAUGGAUGAAGAAAGGUCCAGCAUGCUCCCUACCAUGGCAGCUGGUCUGAACUCUAUACUCUUUGCAAUUAACAUUGACAACAAAGAUUUGAAUGGGCAGAGCAAAUUUGCUCCCACUGUCUCUGACCUCUUAAAGGAGUCAACACAGAAUGUGACGUCCUUGCUGAAGGAGUCCACUCAGGGUAUGAGCAGCCUUCUCAGGGAGAUCACAGCAUCCUCUGCUGUCUCUAUUCUCAUCAAGCCGGAGCAAGAGACUGACCCUCUGCCUGUCAUAUCCAAGAACGUCAAUGUUGAUGCCAGAUGUAAAAGGGAGAGGAGGAGGAGGAAGAAGGUGACCAACAUUGUCUCUUUUGAUGACGAUGAUGAUGAGCCGAACAUUGGGGACACUUUAAAAAAGAUUCCUGGGACUGUAGAAAGCUCCUCCAUCAACAUCAUGUCAACCUUUGAAAGCCCCUUUGGGCCAAAUUCCAAUGGGAGCCAGAGCAGCAAUUCAUGGAAACUUGAUUCUGCAUCUUUGAAUGGGGAGUCAGGCUACCAGAAGCUGGAUGUGAAAAGCAUCGAUGAUGAUGUGGAUGAAAAUGAGGAGGAUGUGUACAGGAACUCAGCAGGAAGGAAGCACACGGGCCACUCCAAGUCGCCAGACAAGCCACUGGAUGGGAACGUCUGCCUCCCCCAGGUCCAUGGCUGGGCCCCACUACAGGUGCUCCAUGGAGAUGCUGAUGCUGACACUGAUGUCCUCUUCCCUGUCAGUGGAGUGGGCUCGUAUGUUGCAGCAGAUGCCCCUGUGGGAAGUCUGGAGAAUGGCACAGGACCAGAUGACCACGUACUCCCAGAGCCUGGCCUUCGAUACAGUAUGGAAGCCAGUUCUCCAGGCCGAGGAAGUCCUCUGAGUAGCCUGUUACCAUCUGUCUCUAUGCCUGAAUCCAUGACAGUUCAUGAACUACGCCAAGCCAUCGUGGCCAUGAUGAACAGAAAGGAUGAAUUAGAAGAAGAGAACGGGUCACUACGGAAUCUCCUUGAUGGUGAGAUGGAGCACUCAGCAGCACUCCGGCAAGAGGUGGAUGCCUUGAAAAGGAAGGUCACAGAGCAACAGGAGCGUCAUACCACAAAGGUCCAGGCACUGGCAAGAGAAAACGAGGUGCUCAAAGUCCAGCUGAAGAAAUAUGUAGGAGCUGUCCAGAUGCUGAAAAGAGAAGGUCAAACAGCUGAAGUUGUGCCCAGUCUUUGGAAUGUUGAUGGAGAAGUUACAGUCCCUGAACAGAAGCCUGGGGAAGUUGCUGAGGAGCUAGCAAGCUCCUAUGAGAGGAAGCUCAUUGAGGUGGCUGAGAUGCAUGGAGAGCUGAUUGAAUUCAAUGAGCGUCUACAUCGGGCUCUGGUGGCCAAGGAAGCCCUGGUGUCCCAGAUGAGGCAGGAGCUGAUCGACCUCCGAGGCCCUGUGCCUGGAGAUUUGAGCCAAACAUCUGAAGACCAGAGCUUGUCAGAUUUUGAAAUAUCAAAUCGGGCCCUGAUCAAUGUCUGGAUCCCAUCUGUGUUUCUCCGAGGUAAAGCAGCCAAUGCAUUCCACGUGUAUCAGGUCUACAUCCGGAUAAAGGACGAUGAGUGGAAUGUGUAUCGACGGUACACUGAGUUCCGAGCAUUGCAUCACCAGCUGCAGAACACAUUCCCACAAGUAAGGGCCUACAACUUUCCACCCAAAAAGGCCAUCGGAAACAAGGAUGCCAAGUUCGUGGAGGAGCGGCGAAAGCAACUCCAGAGUUACCUACGCAGCGUAAUGAAUAAGGUCAUCCAGAUGGUGCCUGAAUUUGCUGCCAACCCCAAGAAGGAGACCCUGGUGCAACUGGUACCCUUCCUUGUGGAUGUAUCUCCACCAGGAGAACCACUGAACAAGAACAACAGGCCCAAAGUAGUUUCCCGAUUCCCUAAGCUGUCCCGAGGCCACCCCAGGGAGAUGCGCAAUGUGGAGCCUCAGAGCGGUGACCUCUGACCUCAGUGGAAUCCCAGACCCCAGUCACUUUGUGCUCAACCUAGCCAUGGCAGCUGGCCCUGGACACCCUGGCAGGAUGACCCUGACCCCGCAGAGAACACACUCUUCCUGCUGCCACAUGCCACCCAAUUAAACUGGUCAGUUUUAACUGCUGGGUCCCUGUCCUUAAAGCAAGUCAUUGCUCAGAGGACAGACAAAGAUGGGGACAUUGUCAUUACCCCUAGGAUGGCCAGCAGGUCAGUGGGUGCCAGGACCCUUGGUUGAGAUGCACAACACAUGGGCAGAAGGAUCCUUCAGAUGGCACCCACAACGCUUUCCCACGUGGGAACUAGAAUGACUGUUACACCCUAGGAUUUCCUCCUGAUGCAACUGCCUGCCUGCAGCAGCCUGUGGAUGGGGACUCCUCCUUCUGCUUCCUCUUUCCCCUGUGGUGGAUAAACACCCAACAGCACUGCCGCAUGGCUGUUGUGGGUGGCAUCUCUCCAGGAAUUGUCCUCUAGUGGCCUAACAAAGGCAUUGACAGUGACUUUGGGUCCUUGAAGAACUUAUCCUUCCCUCCUUGUGCUGGCUCCAGGAAGUAUCAUCCAUGUAGGAGACCUGAGGGAUUCCACCAUCCAGCCCAGCCCUGGGCAGCAGCCUGUUGACCCUGAGGAGGAGAUACCUGAUGCUAGAAUUGGUGGUUGUGACCUCAGGUCACUGGAGAUUUGGCUCUGGCAUUACUGUGGAAAGCUGGCCCUAUAGGGUCUCAGACCCAGUGCCAGAAGUGAACAGAGAGUGAUUGUCCCUUGAAGUUAUUUAGCACAGACUGUCCCCUAAUGUGUCUCACUGGGAGCAGGAUGCUCUGUACCCCAAGAUGCUGUUCUUCUAUUGCUCUCAACUCAGGGCACAACCCUAGAGUCCAAAGCUCUCAGGCAUGGAGUGGUUUCAGAGCCAGCUGCUUGGCAACUCUGCCCUUCUCUGCCACUGAGCCUGGGUCCCUCUGCUUCUCAGGGCCCACUGUCAGCAGUCAUCUCCCUCCCUAGGUCAGAACCUCCUUGGUGUCUUGGGAUAACUUGGAAGAGCUUGCAAAAGAGACCAUGUACCAAGCAGUAUGCACAUCUCUGCCUGCCAAGGAGUUCCCAGUGACAUCUCCCUGGGGAAGCAACUCUGGAAAGCAGCCUGGAUGUGGCCUAGAAGGGCUUCAGCUCAAAGCUAUACCUCGACAAGUGGUCUGAGGAAGCAGGGGUUUUCCUAGCCCAAGGACAGCUUGGGGACAGUCCCAUAGAAGCCAGAGGGAACUUCAGAGUAUCAGGAGACAGAGGUUGAACAGCUCCAAUUCCAGAGGGCACCUUGGGCCAGGUGGGCUGUACACAGAUAAGGCAGAACACACCUGCCCUUCCUCAUGACUAGGAGCAGGGGAACCAUCUUUAGCUUGCUGGUAAGGGAAGACCCAAGAGAUUUUUUCAGCCCAGAAAGCCAACAUGGUUCCUCCCCAUAUGCCUAAGAGGCCACAGGCUCCACACAAACACCACACCCAGAAUGUAGGUUGGGCAACUGGACCGAGGAGCCAAAAGGACUAGUGAGACUCCAGUGGCCCCAAGUCCACCUCCUGAUCUGGGAAACUCAGCAUGGGGACAGACACUUCAUAUUCUGUCAUGUUCUGUAAAGAAAGGGUCCUGCCUCCUCCUACAUCUCCCACAAUCCAAAGUGUCCUGAAUAGCAGACCUCUGGACACCUGGUCCAAACACAUGUCACUGAGAGUCUGGGCUCUCUCACUGCAAACAUGGCAUACAGAACCAUCAUUCAUUUAGCACCUGCAGUUAAAGCAGAGGAAGGGAGGGAAGGAGGAAGGAGAGAGAGAGAAAGAGAGAGAGAGAGAGAGAGAGCGAGAGAGAGAGAGAGAGAGAGCGAGAGA